UGGGCACGGGCGAGGAAUAAGGACAGUUCCAACACAGCAGUAACCGGGCAGCCAGCCGCACCGGGGUGCAGAGCAAUGACUGCCUGAAGCAGCGGAUCCCGGGAAGAGCAGGGAGCCUCCAGGAAUACAGAUCAAGAACUGGGCACUUGCUGUGGAUGUUAAUGCAGCGGGGGGCCUGGUGGAUCUCCUCUCCCUAACUCCGACGGGGUGCAGGGGGGAGGCUGCCAGCCCCCCCAAGGAGACGGACAGGAGUGGACCUUGAGGUUUGAACCAUGUGAAGAACUUCGCCAGGACAAGGGACACAUACAGGGAGCUUGGAAAUUCACCCUCCCCUUUCUCUUCUCCCUGCCCCAGGAUGGAUCAGAGGAAGAACUGGCCUCGGAUGCUGGACUCCGAUGGCUGGUCAGCAGCUGUGGUUUUUCUCUUUUUGGUCUCACUUUCCCGGAACGCAGCCAGUACUGCCCUGUUCAACACCUUCCACUCAGAGAACCGUGACUGGACUUUCAACCACCUGACCGUCCACCAGGGCACUGGGGCAGUCUACAUUGGAGCCAUCAACCGGGUUUACAAGCUCUCAGGCAACUUGACCAUCCUGGUGGCUCACAAGACAGGCCCGGAGGAGGACAACAAGUCCUGCUACCCACCCCUCAUUGUUCAGCCUUGCAGUGAGAUCCUCACCCUCACCAACAACGUUAACAAGCUGCUGAUCAUUGACUACUCAGAGAACCGGCUGCUGGCCUGCGGGAGCCUCUACCAGGGUGUCUGCAAGCUGCUGCGGCUGGAUGACCUCUUUAUCCUGGUGGAGCCGUCCCAUAAGAAGGAGCACUACCUCUCUAGUGUCAACAAGACAGGCACCAUGUAUGGGGUGAUCGUGCGCUCCGAUGGUGAGGAUGGCAAGCUCUUCAUCGGCACGGCAGUGGAUGGCAAGCAGGAUUACUUCCCCACCCUCUCUAGCCGCAAGCUGCCACGGGACCCGGAGUCAUCAGCCAUGCUGGAUUACGAGCUUCACAGCGACUUUGUCUCAUCACUCAUUAAGAUCCCGUCAGACACACUGGCCCUGGUCUCACACUUUGACAUCUUCUAUAUCUACGGGUUUGCCAGCAGCAAUUUUGUCUACUUCCUGACGGUGCAACCUGAGACCCCCGAGGGAGUUUCCAUCAACUCGGCCAACGACCUCUUCUACACGUCCCGCAUUGUCCGCCUCUGUAAGAAUGACCCCAAGUUCCACUCCUACGUCUCGCUGCCCUUUGGCUGCAUCAAGGGGGAUGUGGAGUACCGCCUCCUGCAAGCGGCUUAUCUCUCCAAGCCAGGGGACGUACUGGCCAACGCCCUCAACAUCACAGCCCAGGAUGACAUUCUUUUUGCCAUCUUCUCCAAGGGGCAGAAGCAGUAUCACCAGCCUCCUGAUGACUCGGCUCUUUGCGUUUUCCCCAUCCGCACUAUCAACACCCAGAUCAAGGAGCGCCUGCAAUCCUGUUACCAGGGGGAAGGCAACUUGGAGCUCAACUGGCUGCUGGGGAAGGAUGUCCAGUGCACCAAAGCACCAGUCCCGAUAGAUGACAACUUUUGCGGGCUAGAUAUUAACCAGCCACUGGGAGGCUCCACACCAGUGGAGGGGGUGACCCUCUUCACCACCAGCCGUGACCGGAUGACCUCAGUCGCUUCGUACGUCUACAACGGCUACAGCGUGGUGUUCGUGGGGACCAAGAGUGGCAAGCUGAAGAAGAUCCGGGCAGAUGGCCCCCCCCAUGGUGGAAUUCAGUAUGAAAUGGUCCCAGUUUUCAAGGAUGGGAGCCCUAUCCUUCGAGACAUGGCCUUCUCCAUCGACCAGAAGUAUCUGUAUGUCAUGUCGGAAAGACAGGUGUCCAGGGUUCCUGUUGAAUCCUGUGAGCAAUACACAACCUGUGGGGAAUGUCUGAGCUCAGGGGACCCUCACUGUGGCUGGUGCACUCUUCACCACAUGUGCUCCCGGAAGGACAAGUGCGAGCGAGCAGAUGAGCCGUACCGAUUUGCAGCCAGCAUCAACCAGUGUAUGAGUGUCACCGUGCAGCCCAGCAGCAUCUCUGUGUCUGAGCACAGCCUUCCGCUCAGCCUGCUGGUGAGUGAUGCUCCAGACCUGUCAGCUGGAAUCAUCUGUUUGUUUGGAAACCUCACUGAGGUGGAAGGCCAAGUUUCCGGCAGCCAGGUUGUCUGCGUUUCACCGGCCCCUAAAGAUGUCCCUGCCAUUCCUGUGGACCAAGACUGGUUCAGGUUGGAGCUCCAGCUGAAAUCCAAGGAGACAGGCAAGAUGUUCAUCAGCACCAAGUUCAAAUUCUACAACUGCAGUGCUCACCAAUUGUGCCUGUCUUGCGUGAACAGCGCUUUCCGCUGCCAUUGGUGCAAAUAUCGGAACCUUUGCACUCAUGAUCCCACAACUUGCUCGUUUCAGGAAGGACGGAUCAAUGUUUCUGAGGACUGCCCACAACUGUUUCCCACCGAAGAGAUUCUGAUCCCAGUAGGGGAGGUGAAGCCCAUCACACUGAAAGCCAGAAACCUGCCCCAGCCGCAGUCUGGCCAGCGUGGGUAUGAAUGUGUCCUGAACAUUCAAGGAGUUAUUCAUCGUGUGCCAGCUCUGCGCUUCAACAGCUCCAGCGUCCAGUGUCAGAACAGUUCGUAUCUCUAUGACGGGAUGGACAGAAGCAACUUAGCAGUGGAUUUUGCUGUGGUUUGGAAUGGAAACUUCAUUAUUGACAACCCAGAGGAUUUGAAAGUUCACCUGUACAAAUGCGCCGCCCAGCGGGAGAGCUGCGGCCUGUGCCUGAAAGCAGAUCAGAAGUUCGAAUGCGGCUGGUGCAGCGGAGAGGCCAAGUGCACACUCCGGCAGCACUGCAGUUCCCCCAUUCACCCUUGGCUCGACUGGUCCAGCAGGAACGUCAAGUGCUCCAAUCCCCGCAUCACCGAGAUCCUGACAGUAUCAGGGCCCCCAGAAGGAGGGACACGGGUGACGAUCCAUGGCGUGAACCUGGGGCUGGAUUUCUCCGAGAUUGCCCACAACGUGCAGGUGGCGGGGGUGCAGUGCACUCCCCUGCAGGAGCAGUACGUCAUCGCAGAGCAAAUUGUGUGUGAGAUGGGGCAGGCACUCCCAGGAAUCAGUUCCGGUCCAGUGCGCCUCUGCAUCGGAGAGUGCAAACCUGAGUUCAUGGCCAUGUCCUCACAACAGUACAUGUUUGUGAAUCCAGCAGUGAGCUCCCUGAGCCCUAGCCGCGGCCCAGAGUCUGGAGGGACCAUGGUGACCAUCAGUGGCCACUACCUGGGUGCCGGCAGCAGCAUAUCUGUGUUCCUGGGAAACCAGACCUGCGAAUUCUAUGGGAGGUCCAUGAAUGAGAUUGUGUGUGUGUCUGCUCCGUCAGCGCAUGGCCUGGGCCCCAUCCAUGUCUCUGUGAGUGUGGACCGGGCGCAGUUGGAAAGCACUCUGGAAUUUGAAUACAUUGAUGACCCCAGAGUGCUGCGCAUCGAACCCGAGUGGAGCAUAGCCAGCGGACACACGCCUCUGACAGUCAUGGGGUUCAACCUGGAUGUGAUUCAGGAGCCCAGGAUCCGUGUGAAGUACAAUGGCAAGGAGUCUGUCAACGUCUGUAAGACUGUGAACACAACUACCCUGACUUGCUUAGCUCCACCCCUCACUCCCGAGUACCGACCUGGCUUGGAUGCUGUCGAGCGACCGGAUGAAUUUGGCUUUGUCUUUAACAAUGUGCAGUCCCUGCUGAUCUAUAAUGACACUAAGUUUGUUUACUACCCAAACCCAACAUUUGAGCUUCUGAGCCCUACUGGGGUUUUGGAUCAGAAGCCAGGAUCGCCCAUCAUCCUCAAGGGCAAAAAUCUGUGCCCACCAGCUUCCGGAGGAGCAAAGCUAAACUACACUGUCCUGAUUGGAGAUACCCCCUGUGCUGUCACUGUGUCUGAGACCCAACUGCUGUGUGAGCCCCCCAACCUCACCGGGCAGCACAAAGUUAUGGUGCACGUGGGUGGCAUCAUCUUCUCCCCUGGCUCGGUGAAUGUGAUCUCGGACAGCCUGCUGACCUUGCCCGCCAUCGUCAGCAUUGCGGCGGGAGGCAGCCUGCUUCUCAUCAUUGUCAUCAUCGUCCUCAUCGCUUACAAGCGCAAGUCCCGGGAGAACGACCUCACCCUCAAAAGGCUCCAGAUGCAGAUGGACAACCUGGAGUCUCGGGUGGCCCUGGAAUGCAAGGAGGCUUUUGCAGAGCUGCAGACAGACAUCAAUGAAUUAACCAGUGACCUGGAUCGCUCCGGGAUCCCAUACCUUGAUUAUCGGACAUAUGCCAUGAGGGUCCUUUUCCCUGGCAUUGAGGACCACCCUGUCCUGCGUGAGCUGGAGGUCCAAGGGAACGGGCAGCAGAAUGUGGAGAAGGCCUUGAAGCUCUUUGCCCAGCUAAUCAACAACAAGGUGUUUCUGCUGACAUUCAUCCGGACCCUGGAGCUGCAGCGUAGCUUCUCCAUGCGCGACCGUGGCAAUGUGGCUUCCCUUAUCAUGACGGGCCUGCAGGGAAAGCUGGAAUACGCAACUGAUGUGCUGAAGCAGCUGCUCUCAGACCUGAUUGAGAAGAACCUGGAGAAUAAGAAUCACCCCAAACUGCUCCUGCGCAGGACCGAGUCUGUGGCUGAGAAGAUGUUGACUAACUGGUUUGCCUUCCUCCUCCAUAAAUUCUUAAAGGAGUGUGCUGGGGAGCCGCUCUUCAUGCUGUACUGUGCCAUCAAGCAGCAGAUGGAGAAGGGCCCUAUCGAUGCCAUCACAGGGGAAGCACGCUAUUCUCUGAGUGAGGACAAGCUGAUCCGGCAGCAAAUUGAGUACAAAACAUUGAUCCUGAACUGUGUGAACCCCGAUAACGAGAACAGCCCAGAGAUCCCCGUGAAGGUGCUGAACUGUGACACCAUCACUCAGGUCAAAGAGAAGAUUCUGGAUGCGGUGUACAAAAAUGUCCCCUAUUCCCAAAGGCCAAGGGCUGUCGACAUGGACUUGGAGUGGCGGCAAGGCCGGAUAGCUCGUGUGGUCCUGCAAGAUGAAGACAUCACCACCAAGAUUGAGGGUGAUUGGAAGCGGUUAAACACCCUGAUGCAUUAUCAGGUGUCAGACCGCUCUGUGGUGGCUCUCGUUCCUAAACAGACCUCCUCAUAUAACAUCCCCGCCUCUGCCAGCAUAUCUCGAACCUCCAUUAGUAGAUACGAUUCAACAUUCCGGUACACAGGCAGCCCAGACAGCCUGCGCUCCAGGGCACCCAUGAUCACCCCUGACCUAGAGAGCGGAGUGAAAGUCUGGCACCUAGUCAAAAACCAUGACCAUGGAGACCAGAAGGAGGGCGACCGGGGCAGUAAGAUGGUGUCUGAGAUCUAUCUGACUAGGCUCCUAGCUACAAAGGGUACGCUGCAGAAAUUCGUGGAUGACUUGUUCGAGACCUUGUUCAGUACUGUGCACCGAGGCAGCGCGCUUCCACUGGCCAUAAAAUACAUGUUCGAUUUCCUGGAUGAGCAAGCAGAUAAGCACAGCAUCCACGACACAGAUGUGAGGCACACCUGGAAGAGCAAUUGCCUCCCUCUCCGGUUCUGGGUGAACGUAAUCAAAAACCCCCAGUUUGUGUUCGAUAUCCACAAGGGUAGCAUCACAGACGCCUGCCUCUCUGUCGUCGCCCAGACCUUCAUGGACUCCUGUUCCACCUCCGAGCACCGCCUGGGCAAGGACUCCCCCUCCAACAAAUUGCUCUAUGCCAAGGAUAUCCCCAGCUACAAGAACUGGGUAGAAAGGUAUUAUGCAGACAUUGCAAAGCUCCCAGCCAUCAGUGACCAGGAUAUGAAUGCCUACCUCGCAGAGCAGUCACGCCUGCAUGCCAUUGAGUUCAACAUGCUAAGCGCGCUCAAUGAGAUCUACUCUUAUGUCAGCAAGUACAGUGAAGAGAUCAUCGGGGCUCUGGAGCAGGAUGAGCAGGCGCGCAGGCAGCGCUUGGCAUACAAAGUAGAACAGCUUAUCUGUGCCAUGUCUAUUGAGAGCUGAAGAAAGGAGAUGGUGCUCCUAGGACCAGGAGAAGGAACUAGUUACCCUUGGGAAUGAAGAGUACGAACAAGCAAGGAAGGCACUGGACCCAUAGAAAUACUGAAACAUCCUCUGGGGGAAGCAGGGAUUGUCCCAGAUAUUAAGUUCAAAAUCAUUUAGAUUCCAGUUUGAAAGGACAGCAAGAAGGACAGUGCAUCUCAACGCAAAAUAGGAUCAAGCUGGAGUAAUUCUUCAAGUCGUGUGUGUGGAAGGAAGAAACCUGAGAAGUCUGGAUGCCUCCGUGACUGCUAUUUUGCAUGAAAAUCAUUUGAUAUAUAUUAGGAAAUAAUGAAAACUGUAUGUAAAGGGUUUUAAAAAAAAGAGGGAAAGAAAAAAAUUAAAGCAACCACAGUGGCCACACAGAUAAUUCAGCCAACAAAAUUCAGUUCCAAAUUCUCUCUCACUCGUCAGUUUCCCGUGGUGUGUGGCUCAGACAUUCUGCGAAUAGACUCCUAUGCUAAUCCAAAAAAUUGGAAAAUUAAAUUAUUCCUGUUCCUGGGAACUUUUAAAAAAUAUGAGCACAAGUUUGCACCAAACCUUUUUACACAAAGGAAGAUAAUAGUUUAGCUGGAAAUAAAUCCAGUGGCACCAGAAAGAACUUGACCUGAAUUACAGAACCAUCAGAUCAUCUAACCUGUUUGUCUUGAAAUCCAGCUUUAUCUAUGUAUUUAUAUAGUGUCAAUAUAUAGAUAUUAUAUAUAUAUUUUUUAAAUCCCACUUACUGUUGAAUGAUGGUAGGUCUGAUUUUAAACAUUUUUCUCUCUUAUUUCCAUUCCAUUUCAAAACACAGCUCCACCCCAGUGUAAAGAUUCCGCGGUAUUUUUGUUUGCUUUACUCAUGUUCCUGAAGCAUGUUCUGCCCUUCGUGGCAUUUGAAACUAAGGAAGUCAUAUACUGUUUAAACUGAAAUUGGUGCAUUGCAGGUUUCUACAGGUGCAAUUUAAGCAAAACCAAUUGGCUGAUCUUGCAGUCGAGCAGAGCUAGGCUGAGACUGACUUAGUUGCUUGGGCUGUUAGUUGACUAGUGUUAUUUUGUUCCAGCCGCAAUGUGAUUUCUUGUAGUAAAAAAAAAAACAAACUAAAACCAACGUUUACAGCAAGUCAUACUUGAAAAGUGUAGACCUAGCGAGAUAACAUAUUUAUUGCUUUUCUGUUUGAGACACACUUAUACUUACCCAUAAGAUCAGGACAGACUCCAAUUGCAUUUUUCUCUCAGCAUAUGCAAGGUCACCCAAAGGUGAAGCAUAGGACUUUGUUUUUGUUGGGGAGAGGGAGAAUCUUUACUCACAGCGAGAGAAAGUCCAAAACAACGCACUCAGAGUGCCAGCCAACAUUGUCACCUUUGUCUCUGUAUCUCAUUGUUAGGUUCAGUUUCCAACUGGCCAUAGCAGCCCAUCUUUUCAUGGACAGCGAAAAGCAAAUGUUUGUGAGUGUCUUUCCUUUAAAAGAAACCAAAUCUUUCCUGUCCCUUUAAAGAGUGCCAAGCGGCGGAUGGAAUGCUGUAAAUAUUUCUCUCUGUAAUAAAUAUUGAUAUUUGUGCAGACUGCAGUGGGGGAGGAGGAGGUGAUUAGACCUAAUGGAAACAGAAGUAUCGACCAUAUGAGCCUUGGUGGUUGCAGCAAAAUAGCUACCAGAGUUUGUUUAAUGGAAUCAAAACCAGACUUGAAAAUGACCAGCCUUAAAUUUUCUUGUGGAGAGGCAGAGUGUGCUAGCCACAGGCUAGUUGUCAUCUCGCUCUGAUUCUUUUGCCAUCCCUGAAAUGGAGAGAGUAAUAAUAAUUGGGGUGCAAGAGGAUUAGCUAAUGUUUCUCAACAUAAAGUACUAUUCAAAACCUGGUUGAAGCCAGUGAGGUCAAGAGCACUCAGUACUUUGCAGGGGUGGGGGCUAAAUCCUGCUGCUACCCAAGCAAAAUAAUCUCUCAACUGCAGGAUUCAAUUAAAAGUAACAAUAUGCUCCCAAAAGAUUAAUAAAGGGUGUGAGAAGAGAAGGGAGGCCUUAUAUUACUGAGGUCAGAGAGACUCAUAACCACAGUGUUAGGCAGUACGAAUCAGCUGUCUUAGAGUAUCAAAUACUUCUCAUCUGCAUUUGCUUAAAUAUCAUACAUUGGAAUCUGCCAGCAUGGACCACUCAGUUCAUACAGAGUCAUGCUGAAGUUGUUGGGACUCCACCUAGGUGCAAGGAUCUGUACUGAUGGAUCCAUAUGGAAGAUCAGGGCCUUAGUCUGCUCUCAAUCUGUGUCUCAAAGAAAAUUCCAUUUUGAUAACUGCCUGCACCAUUUCAGCAGAAGGGUGUGAGAGGACUGUGUCAAAUUAUUGCUGUGCAGGUUAAGAACACUAUAUUAACUACACAGUGAGAGUCCCAGACUGUUAGUUUUCUAGUCUAAAUGCAGCCAACAGAGGGGAAGGGGAGGGGAAAAACAUUCAGAGAAGUACUCAGGAAACUUGCUGUUUUAAUUACAAUUCAUGAAAAGCCAUGCCAAGUCCACUUUCUUCUGAUAAUCUGCCUUUGAGAGUUUCUCUGGGUCCUAUUAAUAGCCUGAAAGAAAUACUAAUGACUGACCCUGUGCAAUAAGCCAAAGCUUUUGACAUUCACAAUAGCCUAAGCUUUGCAACUAGAAGGCUCUGAUUUACUGACACAUUGGGAGAGCAGGGCAAGGAAGGGAAUAUGAGAAGCAGCACAGAAUACAGGCUGCCUGUUACCAAGAGAGUUCCCUUCUCAGGGACCCUUUGCCUGUACAGUGAGCCUGAUAUCAAAGAGAAAACAUGUAGAAAUGUCGAGGCUGUCCUGUAAAGGCCUAACAUCACAGUGUUUUGUGUAGCUGACAAAUUUAAUACCCAAUCAUCAGAGCAAUUGCUAACCUGACAUGUUUGCUGCUGACAUUACAGAAGAGUGGAGCACAUCACAUUUGUGAUAGCCCCUAAAAAAUUCAAUUUUGACACGGUGUUUUUGUUUGGUUGUUUUUUGUUGUUCACAAAGAUCCACCCCAAAUGGUUUAUGUGAAUGUUUUUGAGCCCCGCAAACAAGCUAUGACCAUUGGUUCAGGUAUUCAUAGUUCCCCGAUUGGUCAGCCAAGUCAAAUGGUCUUAUUUUUGCUUUCAGGAUGUCUCCCAAGCACUUCUGUGCUGAAUACUUACUUGCACCAGACUGAUAAUAACGUUUGAAGAUUGUGAAAGCAAAUGCCUGGUUUUUCUUCACCCAGAAUGUUAGUGAAUGAUAGUUUUCAGUAUCCACUCUGCUCUGUGUAGCACAUAAUGGCCCAGAUGCCUUCAUGUCCAUUCAUUUUAAAUCCUUUAUUUAACAAGGCCUAUGCCACUUUCUUUCUCCCUGGAAUGGCUGGCUUGUUGCAUCUCCCUGAGCUUUGACUCCUGGCAGGAAACAUCAUACAAACUCUUUGCCCUUCUCUAUGUCCAGUUCCUCAGGAUUUCUUCCUUUGUUGAGUUCUUUUCUCCGGUCAAGUCUGAAAUCCUGAGUGCAUUACAGAGCCUAGAUCAGGGGUAGGCAACCUAUGCCACACGUGCCGAAGGCGGCACGUGAGCUGAUUUUCAGUGGCACUCUCAUUGCCCGGGUCCUGGCCACGGUCUGGGGGGCUCUGCAUUUUAAUUUAAUUUUAAAUGAAGCAUUUUAAAAACCUUAUUUACUUUGGAUACAAUAAUAAUUUAGUUAUAUGUUAUAGACUUUUAGAAUGAGACCUUCUAAAAAUGUUAACAUGUAUGACUGGCAUGCGAAACCUUAAAUUAGAGCAAAUAAAUGAAGACUUGGCACACCACUUCUGAAAGGUUGCCGACCCCUGACCUAGAUCUCCCUAUGUAAGUGCCUCUGCCUGAGUGGCUCUCUGCAGAAGAUUUCUUUACUGGAGAAAUACCAUGUCCAUGGUUGUGUGUGGGUGUUCUACCACUCCUCUGCUGGAUGAAAUAUGUCAGUCCUGCCUAGUUGUUUUGUUUUUGUCCUUUAGCAACUCUCUCACCCUCUGCUGGCUGGCGGCUUGAAAAGAGGCUGUAUUAUUCCUAAUCCUGUUGAAAGGUAAAGAAGAUUAGAGAAAAAUUACAAUGAUUACAGGGCCUGGAGGGAUUGAUUUAAGAGGAAGGAUGAAAAGAACUGAACCUGUAUAACUUGGCUAAGUGAUGAGAAGAGGGAUAAUAUAUCUAUAUUCCAUGAAUACUUGUAAGCACAGAGUAGGGAGAGAAUAUUUGAGGUUAAUAACUAGGGGUAUUUGGAGCCAACUGAGCAAAAGGGGAAAAUGUUUAACUGAUUACCAGAAUCUGUUAGACUGUGGAAUAGUCUCCCAAGGGAUGCAGCAGAAGCCUCAGUACUUAAAUCAGGUAAAAUAGGACUGGAAUUAGAGGUGUGGUAUAGGGAACACCAGCUGGAGUAGGGAUAGACGAGAUGUGAUCGAGCAAGUCUGUUCCAUUGCUACUUUCUAUUAUUCUCCUAUAUGGUAGAAGUUUAAAGGAAGUUUGUGGUAUGAAACAGCCUGUCCCUUUAGGGCAAGACCCUGGCAGUCUUUGCCCUGUUCUCAGCUCCUUUGUGGAUAAAGCUUCAGAUCUCAAAAUGGUAUUUUCUUUGUAUUGCAGGCAAACCUGACUCCAGGUUUGGUUGGUAGGGAGGCACUGAGUUUGCCUUAGAUGAAAUGAUUCCACAUCCAUUUCAGUGCUUCCCUCCCUGCACAGGGCCAAACUUGGUUUGGUGUUAUGAGUCACUAGCCUGCUUUGUUUCAAGGGUUUUGACAUCAGAGCAGAAACUGUUAUUUCUGGAAUUUCUGUGUCUGGUGCUGCUAUUUAAAUAAUUCCAUUUAAUCUUCUGCUGGUGAGCAGUAUCCUGAGCCAUCAAAGAGCCCACUCCAAGGGAUAGCAAAGUACUAACCAAAUGCCUUUCCACUUUGAAAGCCUUUAUUAAAAAACCCUAUACAAAAGUCCCAGCUUAUCAGCAGGCUUGCCUCUGCUGGGACCUUGCUCUUUAGCACCAAAAUGCUAUGACAGAGAUGUGGAAGUCAUAUUGUCUGCUUCUUCCCAUAGAGGAUGGUUAAGAGGAUCUCCCAGUGCCUAACGUGAAGCAAGAGAAAUCAGAAUAGGAAAACUGCUGAAGCCUUCAUAGUGUCUAGCUAUAUUAAGAAUGCCCUGUAGCUAUAUUAAGAACUGUCAUGACAAACAAGCAUUUUAAAUAAAAUAGCCACAGCCCUGCUGCUAAUGGGAAACAUUGCAGGCAGAGGGAGAAAAGGGAAAUGUGUGUGAGUAACGCACUAUUUUGAAUGUUUAGGAUGCAAAUCUUUUCCUAGUGCUCUGGCAUAAUAGGGCCACUGCAUGCAGCUGUUCUCCUCUUGUGCCAAUGGAAUCCUUCCUCUCCCUGGCAUGCAAUGCUUGUCCUAUGCAGUCUAAACACCCAGACAACACAACUCCACUUAAAGAAUAUAUUCUAUUGCUAAUAAAUGUUUUAAAUGGAUUUUUACCAAAAAUCUCACUACCUUCUAUACAUGUAACAAUUUGGCUGGGAAUGUUGUUUAAGGAUUAGAGUAGAGAGCCUGAGAAUCAGGAUUUCUGGGGUCCAUUCUUGCCUACUCCUGACUCAGAGUGACCCUGGAUAUGUCGCUUAGAUCCAAGGGUCCAACAUUAGCUACUGGUUUGGGAUACCUCCGUUUUUGUUGCCCUACAUGAGAUGCACAUAAAGAGUCUGAUUUCCCAGAGACACUGAGUGCCCACAACUCCAAAAGAAGUGAAGAGAAGCUGGUCUGUAAGCUGCUGUGAUGCCCUCCCAAUUUCAGGAAUUUGACACAGGGUAAAACAUCCUUAAGAAUUACUUCUGUAACAUUGAUUUUUUUUUUUUUUUUAGUCUACGCCUAGAAUGUUUCCCAUUAGCAGCAGGGUUGUGUUUUCCCCCUGUCGCUGGCAGUUCUCCUUUCAGUUUCCAGUGCUCUCAGUCUUUGCCUGUCAGAAGAACUCAGUUCAGCAGUCUAAAUGAAACAAAAACAGAAUGACUUGAAUGAGCUGGGACAUAAGGGGGAAACUCAAUGAUGACUGCACUCUGGAGAAAAGACAUAAAAAAUGUUCAGAGAAGGAUAAAUAACCAACAUCAAAGAUGCAUUAAAAAUACAGCAAAGCUUCAGUCCUCAUAUUUCAGUAUUCCAUUGUGCCAUAAACCUUAAGCCAAUAAUACAGAGAGCUGUGAUGUUGUAUAUAGUUACUUGCUAGAUAAAGCUUGGUGAACAGUCUGAUCUGUAUAUUGAAUGUGUCUUCAGUGAAAACUUGAUCCCCACCCUAAGUACCCUUCAGCCUUUAAUCCUUUGUCCCAGGCUUGUCAGGAUCAGCAGGUGAGAGGUGCAGGGCUAAUGUAUGUGGUAGCAAAAGGGUCCUGCAAUGUUAAUAUGGAUGGGGCAGCCCCAUUUUUUAAAUUAGAUACUACUUGGAGGAAUCUUUUGGGUUAAAAAUGCAAAGCUAUGCACUGAAGUUUCUAAAGGCAAUGCUAGUCAGAAGCCACUGGGCUGAAUAAUCCAAAAUGCAAAAUUUAAAUGUAGGCCAGUCAGACUAGUUUUAAAAGGGGGGUAGUUUUUAAAACUGAGAAGGCUUUAAAUGUGUUUCUCUCUGUUUAAAAGGCUUCACAGAAGGGAAACAUCACUGUUCAAUUUCCAGUAAGCAAUAGUGCAAGGGACUCCGUUCUGCAAGGGACAUGGUUACCUCUUACCUUCAUAAAGGCUCCCAGUUUGAAAGGAAGACCUUGAUUUUUUUCUUCUUGCCUCACAAAAAUGCGCCCCCCCGCCUUUCCAAAGCUCCUGUGCUAGUUCAAGACAAUGUGACAAGCCAAUCAGUACAGAAAUAGGUGGUGAGCAUUUCUUCCCAAUUAAGUUAAGGACAGACAUCUUAUAUCAAGCUUUCGUAAGCUCUCUACAACCCUCUGUGAUCCCCUCAAUGUUUUACUGUACUUGCUGGCAAUGGCUCAGAUGUGGGGGGAUGUUUUGAUGACAGCUUGGGGAUAAUUGUCAGAAGGAGGGUUUUCCUUCAGCAGGUCAAGGUUCCAUUGCAUAUGCAUAUCUUUCUGCUGCAUCAGCAGUAGGUGAGUGGCUAACGCACCUGAGUGUCGUGUGUUCUGCCCCAGUUAGUAAUAAACACGGACUGGAGCAAAUUGCUUAACAAGCAGCUCGUCGUGGGUGUCUGAGACUCAUCACUUUGAGGGCUUUACAUGAAAUGAAUCAGGCCACAAUUCAAAUGACACCAUUUGUUUUGACUGUAUUGUUAACACUGACGUUGUCUCUGUGUUUAUCUUUUUCAGUCUAAAGAUUCCCAUUUGCCUUUGUAUUAUCUAGCCUUCUCCCCCCACCCCUCAUGUAAAAAGUCUUCCCCCUCCCCCGCGCAACGGGCAAAUAACUCAGACUGGCGGAUUCC